UUAAAUAGCGGAUGUGUGCCGCAGACCGGCAGAUUAACCCGGCUCGACUAGCAAAUAGCACACGGCGAAAAACGGCAUUUGAACAUUCGAAGAAGAAGUGUUCGGCUCAGACUACCACUCCCGGCUCUUUUUAACCGUCUAUUUUUAUUUCCUUUUUUUUUUCUCCACUGCGGAAUCUCGGCGGUUCGACUUCCUUCUCUUUCGUGCUCUUUCAAGCCUCUAAGGAAUGCCCAGAGAGCUCACUCAGAACAGGAUCCAAAAGAUCUGGGUUGCCACCAAGGAUGACAAGCGAAGAGGAGGUGGCGCCCCCCACUUCGCCAACCCCCCCACCGUCAUUGUGAUGGUGGGGCUGCCGGCCCGGGGGAAGACGUACAUGUCCAAGAAACUCACCCGCUACCUCAACUGGAUCGGCAUGCCCACCAAAGUCUUCAACGUAGGAGAAUACCGCAGGGAGGCGGUAAAGAACUACAGCUCCUAUGACUUCUUCAAACCUGAUAACGAAUGUGCUGUUCAAAUUAGGGAGCAGUGUGCCUUAGCAGCCUUGAGGGACGUCAAGUCGUACCUGAUGGACGAAGGAGGCCAAGUAGCGGUCUUUGAUGCCACCAACACGACAAGAGACAGGAGGAACUUGAUCCUCAAGUUUGGCAGCGAGCACGAUUUCAAGAUCUUUUUCAUCGAGUCCGUGUGCGACGACCCCAGUGUGAUAGCGUCAAACAUCAUGGAGGUGAAGGUGUCCUGUCCCGACUACCGCGACUGCAACAAGGUGGACGCCAUGGUGGAUUUCCAGAAGAGAAUCGAGUGUUACAGAACCAGCUACCAACCUCUGGACCCAGAUGAGCACGACAGGGACCUCUCCUUCAUCAAGGUGAUUGACGUGGGGCGCCGCUUCCUCGUCAACCGCAUCCAGGAUCACAUCCAGAGCAAAAUCGUCUACUACCUGAUGAACAUCCACGUCCAGCCGCGCACCAUCUACCUGUGCCGCCACGGGGAGAGCGCCGACAACCUGGAGGGCCGGCUCGGGGGCGACUCGGGCCUUUCGCCGCGGGGCCGUCAGUUCUCGGUGGCCCUGGCGCGGUUCGUGGAGGAGCAGCAGCUGAAGGACCUGAAGGUGUGGACCAGCCAGCUGUGCCGCAGCAUCCAGACGGUGGAGCAGCUGGGCCUGCCCUACGAGCAGUGGAAGGCGCUGAACGAGAUAGAUGCGGGUGUGUGUGAGGAGAUGACGUAUGACGAGGUGAAGGAGAAGUUCCCGGAGGAGUUUGCACUGAGGGAUGAAGACAAAUACUACUACCGCUACCCAGCUGGAGAGUCCUACCAGGACCUGGUCCAGCGGGUGGAGCCCGUCAUCAUGGAGCUGGAGAGGCAGGAGAACGUGCUGGUCAUCUGCCACCAGGCCGUCAUGCGCUGCCUGCUGGCUUACUUUCUGGACAAGAGUGCAGACGAGAUGCCCUACCUGAAGUGUCCCCUCCACACGGUGCUGAAGCUGACCCCGGUGGCCUACGGCUGCAAAGUGGAGUCCAUCUCGCUGAACGUGGAGGCUGUGAACACCCACAGGGACCGGCCUGAGGAGGUCAAGAGGGGCCCGGGCACUUUGAUCCGGAGGAACAGCGUGACUCCUCUGACCAGCCCCGAGUGCAACAUCAAGAAGCCGCGCAUCGACGACCUGGACGAGGCUCCGGUCCACGAGCUGCCAAACUCUGUGGCCUCCCUGGCCCUCUGCAACUCCUCACGCCUCACCCUGACUGGACAGAACCUGAGAAGCCCCUCUGGUUGCCACGAGAUCCUGCACCCCUGCCUGUGACGAGGCGGGACUAGCCCCGCGAAGCUCAAGAAGCGGAUCCCUCACUGAAAAUGACAUGGAGGUGUUCUGAAGACUGAAUUUAAAACCAAUGUUGUUGUUGUUUUUGUUAUUUUGGGAGCAAAGAACACGGGUACUUGUACGUGGGGUUUAUUUUAUUUUAUUUUUUUUCUUUCCAAAUUAUUUUUUUUUCCUCCCAAUCUUUAUUUUA